GUUUUUGUGAACUGGGUUCCAAAGCAUGUAUGCUUUUCUUUAACACUGAAUGCGUGUAAGCCAAGUGUGGGAGGUAUUUUGUGGGGGGGAAGAGAGAGAGAGAGAGAGAGAGUGAGUGAGUAACUGAGAGGAGAUGAUGGAAGCUAGAACAGACCGUAUCACUGAUAUUGUGUUUUCUUGGUCGCUUGAAGACAUUUUCAAUGAAAAUCUUUAUAAGAAGCAGGUGCAAAAAAUCCCUGAAUCAUUUGAUUCGGUUCAGCAUUAUUUUUCUUCUUAUUUAUAUCCUCUAUUGGAAGAAACUCGAGCACAGGUGCAUUCAAGUAUGGAAACCAUUGACAGAGCACCAUCUGCUGAAGUUGUUGGUUGUGAAGAAUGCAAUCCUUAUGGCCCUUACGGGAAAAAUGUAUAUGAUAUCAAGGUUGAUCGCUGGAGAAACAGGUUCAAUGAUCGUGGCAAGGAACCAUACAAAACUUUGCCCGGGGAUCUUUUUGUCUUAGCAGAUGCCAAACCCGAAACGUUUUCUGAUUUACAAAGGGUAGGGACAGGGAGGUCCUCUUGGGCUUUUGUUUCAGUCACAAAUGUCCCAGAAAAUGAGGACGAGGAUGACAUUGACAGUACAUCUCUUUAUUUUAGAGUCAAGGCAUCCAAAGAAAUCACUCAUACAUCACUAUUUUUGGUUUUCCUGGUGAAUUUAAUUCCUAAUAGCAGAAUAUGGAAAGCGUUGCUCAUGUCCGGAAAUCGGAAGAUUAUCAAGGAAGUUUUGUGCACCGAUUCUGUGGCUCAGAAAAACAAUUAUCUCUGUUCUGAAGUGAAUGAUGACAUCCGGGAUAAGUGGUUAGUUGAGAGUUCAUCAUCAGGAUUGAAUGAGUCCCAAACCGGGGCAGUUUUGGCCUGCCUUGAAAUGCUGCGUUGGGAUUCCAAGUCUACCGUGCAACUUAUAUGGGGUGCACCUGGGACAGGAAAAACUAAAACCACAGCGACGCUUCUUUUUACUCUGUUACGGAUUAACUGUAGGACUCUAAUUUGUGCCCCAACGAACGUUGCAAUAACUGAAGUUGCUUCUUGUGUUCUAAAGAUGGUAACUGAAGCAAAGUCCAAUUCUUUGGGAGAAAUUCUUCUAUUUGGGAAUAAGGAGCGACUCAAAGUUGGACCACACAUUGAAGAUAUAUAUUUGAAUUACCGUGUCAAAAGGCUAGUUGAGUGCUUGGGGCCAGUGACUGGUUGGAGUAUUUGCUUCGCUUCAAUGAUAGGUUUUCUUGAAGAUUGUGUUUCUCAUUACCAUAUUUUCUUGGAAAAUGAGUUGAGCAAUGAGAAAGAACACGAGGCUGUUAGUGAAAUGAAAGAGAAAGAAUGCAGAACUGACACUCAAGUUAUCAAGGGGAAGUGCAUAUCGUUUGUUGAAUUUUUCAGAGAUAGAUUUGUUUCUGCUGCAUUACCGCUAAGACGUUGCAUUUCUACCUUCUGUACCCAUGUAGCCAAGAAUUACUUUUUGGCACAUACUUUCCAAAACAUGAUUUUGCUCAUAGGCUUAUUUGAUUCCAUUGAAUCAUUAUUGUUGCAUGGUGACAUUGUUUCUGAAGCAUUGGAACACCUUUGCUCUUGUUCAAAAGUUGAAGUUGUGCCAGAGUCAUUUGUAGAUAACUCAUUUCUGCUGUGCAUGAAGAGAAAAGAAUGCCUUUCAGUAUUACGGACUCUACAGGAUUCUCUUAGUGGACUUGACCUUCCAAAUUUUAGGAAUGGAGAAGCUCUAAUGGAAUUCUGUUUUCAAAGAGCUUCCUUAAUUUUUUGCACUGCGUCGAGUUCGUAUAAGCUGCAUAGAGUGGCAAUGGAGCCACUGACCAUUGUUGUUAUUGAUGAAGCUGCACAAUUGAAAGAGUGUGAAUCAACAAUACCCCUGCAACUUCCAGGUGUGAAGCAUGCUGUUCUUGUUGGUGAUGAAUGUCAGUUACCAGCUACGGUGAACAGCAAUGUUUCUGUUGAGGCUGGUUUUUCAAGAAGCUUGUUUGAGAGGUUGAGCUCAAUGGGCCACUCAAAACACCUUCUGAAUAUGCAAUACAGAAUGCAUCCCUCAAUAAGUUUGUUCCCAAAUACAAAUUUCUAUAACAACCAGAUCCUAGACGCUCCAAAUGUUAAAAAAAGAAGCCAUGAGAAACACUAUCUUCCAGGGUCAAUGUUUGGUCCCUUUUCUUUUAUAAAUGUAAUUGGUGGAAGAGAGGAGAAGGAUGAGGAUGGACGUAGUAGAAAGAAUAUGGUCGAGGUUGCUAUUAUUCUGAAAAUACUGUGGAAGCUGUACAAAGAAUGGAUUGUUUCAAAACAGAAACUCAGUAUUGGGGUGGUAUCACCGUAUGCUGCUCAAGUAGUUGCAGUUCAGGACAAACUUCGACAGAGGUAUGACAACAUUGAUGGCUUUACAGUGAAGGUGAAGACGGUUGAUGGGUUCCAGGGUGGGGAAGAUGACAUAAUUAUUGUGUCCACUGUACGAUCUACUAUUCAUCAAUCCAUUGAUUUUAUAUCAAAACCGCAACGAGUUAAUGUCGCUCUUACAAGGGCUAGGCAUUGCCUUUGGAUUCUGGGAAAUGAAAUAACUCUAUCUGAUAGGGAAUCUGUUUGGAAGGCCUUGGUCCUUGAUGCCAAACGUCGUCAAUGCUUCUUUAAUGCUGAUGAAGACAAGGAUUUGGCCGGGGCCAUAUUAGAGGUGAAGAAAGAAUUCGGCCAAUUUGAUGAUUUGCUUAAUCCUGACAGCAUAUUUUUUAGAAGUUCUAGAUGGAAGGUACUUUUCAGUGAUAACUUUCUGAAGUCAUUCAAAAAGCUGAAGUCAAUCCGUUUAAAGAAGUCUGUAUUAAAUCUUUUGCUGAAGCUUUCCACUGGUUGGAGACCUAAGAAGCCAAAUGUAGGGACAAUUUGUGGAAGCUAUUCACAUAUCUUGAGGAAAUAUAUGGUUGAAGGUCUAUACAUUGUUUGCACAACUGAUAUUGCAAAGGAUGUGAAAUACAUUCAAAUAUUGAAGGUUUGGGACUUAUUGCCUCUAGAGGAUAUUCCAAAAUUGGUAAACCGUCUAGAGAGUAUAUUGAAAAGAUAUACAGAUGAUUUUAUCAAUCGGUGCAAGGAGAAAUGUCUUGAGAGUGAUUUGGAAGUUCCCAAGAGCUGGCCACCCUCUUUGGACAUUGUCCGAUUCAAGGAUCUUAGCGUCACUGAAAACCAGAGUGAUUUAGUCAGUGAUAACGAUUCUGACGGUAGAAGUUAUGUUGAGAAUUCACAGGUCAGUGAGAGUUUGUUGCUCAUGAAAUUUUACUCCUUGUCAUCUGGUGUAGUAAAUCACUUGCUGUCUGACCGUGAGGGUAGAGAGUUGGAUCUUCCGUUCGAAGUCACAGACCAGGAAAUGGAGAUUAUUCUUUAUUGUAAAAGUAGCUUUAUAGUUGGACGGUCAGGAACCGGGAAGACCACGGUUUUAACCAUGAAAUUGUUUCAGAAUGAACAAUGUUACCAAUUGGCAGUGCAAGGAUGCCUUAGUAGUCAAAAUAGCAUGGUUGAGCAGAGUUCUUCAGCCACUAAGGGAAGAAAUCUACACCAGCUUUUUGUGACCGUGAGUCCUAAACUGUGUUUUGCCAUCAAGCAACAUGUUUUAAACUUAAAAAGUUUUGCAUGUGGUGGAAGUGAUUCAACUGAAAAGAGUUUGAUUGAUAUGGCUGAUUUUGAGGAGGAGGAAGCCCAAUUCAAGGAUAUCAAGGAUUCAUUUCAUGAUAUUCCUCCCAAUUCUUACCCUCUUGUCAUAACAUUUCAUAAGUUCUUGAUGAUGCUAGAUGGAACACUGGGGAACUCAUACUUUGAAAGAUUCCUUGAUGCAACAAAACUUACACACGGUCAAUUGCAAAGUUCAAGAUCUGUUGCUUUGCAGACCUUUAUAAGGACAAAGGAGGUUAAGUAUGAGAGAUUCAGUUCAUCUUACUGGCCCCAUUUUAAUAUCCAGUUAACAAAGAAGCUCGAUGCUUCAAGAGUCUUUACAGAGAUAAUAUCUCAUAUUAAAGGUGGUUUGGGAGCCAUGGAUGCAGGUGAUGGUAAACUCAAUCGCGACGACUAUGUUCAAUUGUCAGAGGGCCGGGGUUCCAAUUUAAGCAAGCAAAAGAGAGAAGAAAUAUAUGAUAUAUUUCAGGCUUAUGAAAAAAUGAAGAUGGAAAAUGGUGAAUUUGAUCUGGCUGAUUUUGUAAUUGAUCUUCACCGUCGUCUCAGGCAUGAAAAAUAUGGGGGUGAUCAAAUGGACUUUGUUUAUAUUGAUGAGGUCCAAGAUCUCACAAUGAGUCAAAUUGCUCUGUUUAAACAUAUGUGCAUCAACAAUAUUGAUGAGGGUUUUAUUUUUUCUGGGGAUACAGCACAAACAAUUGCAAGGGGUAUUGAUUUUCGGUUCCAAGAUAUACGACAUUUGUUCCACAAGAAGUUUGUGUUGGAAUCAAGAAGCAAUAAGCUUGAAGAAAGAAAAGAAAAGGGACAAAUUUCAAAAAUGUUUCAUUUGACUCAAAAUUUCCGUACCCACGCCGGUAUACUAAAGUUAUCACAGAGCAUUAUUGAACUGAUUUAUCGUUUUUUUCCCCACUCUAUUGAUGUUUUAGACCCUGAAACCAGUCUUAUUUAUGGGGAAGCUCCAGUUUUGCUUGAAUCUGGAGAAAAUGAAAAUGCAAUCAUAAAAAUAUUUGGAAAUAGUGCAACUGGUACCGGAAAUAUAGUUGGCUUUGGAGCAGAGCAGGUUAUUUUGGUGCGAGAUGAUGGUGCCAGGAAAGAUGUUUCCAUGUUUGUUGGGAAGCAUGCUCUUGUCCUCACCAUUGUGGAGUGCAAGGGCCUUGAGUUCCAGGACGUACUCUUGUACAACUUUUUUGGCUCAUCACCACUGAAAAACCAAUGGAGGGUCAUAUAUGAUUACAUGAAGGAACGAGAUUUACUUGACUCAACAUUACCAAAGGGCUUUCCAAGUUUCAAUGAAGCUAGGCACAACAUCCUGUGCUCUGAAUUGAAGCAAUUAUAUGUUGCUGUUACUCGUACGAGACAGAGAUUGUGGGUUUGUGAGAAUGUAGAAGAGCUCUCCAAACCAAUGUUUGACUAUUGGAAGAAGAAAUGUCUUGUACAAGUUAGGCAACUGGAUGAUUCACUCGCACAGGCAAUGCAAGUUGCAAGCAGUCCAGAGGAGUGGAAAUCACGGGGAAUUAAGCUAUAUCAUGAACAUAACUAUGAAAUGGCCACAAUGUGCUUUGAGAGAGGUGGUGAUACGUAUUGGGAAAGAAGGUCUAAAGCUGCCGGCCUUAGAGCUAUCGCUGACCGUAUGCGAACUUCAAAUCCUGAAGAGGCCAAUUCCGUUCUUAGGGAAGCUGCUGAAAUAUUUGAUGCUAUAGGCAAGGCAGAUUCCGCUGCCAGAUGCUUUUCUGAUUUGGGCGAAUAUGAAAGAGCAGCUAGGAUUUAUUUGGAUAAAUGUGGCGUGCCUGAUCUGGAAAGAGCUGGGGAAUGUUUUUCUCUAGCUGGAUGCUAUAAAGAUGCUGCGGAUGUGUAUGCUAGGGGCAAUUAUUUCUUCGAGUGUCUCACUGUUUGUUCCAAAGGAAAACUGUUUCAAAUGGGUUUACAAUACAUCAAGUAUUGGAAACAGCAUGCAAUAGAGGAUGGCGUUGUUGCCAGAAGAGGUGAAGGAAUAGAUAAAAUUGAACAAGAAUAUCUGGAGAGCUGCGCAUCCCACUAUUAUGAGUUGAAAGAUAAGAGAUCCAUGAUGAACUUUGUUAAAGCGUUUCAUUCGAUUAUUUUGAUGCGGAACUUUUUGAAGAAGUUGGGUCUCCUUGAUGAGCUUCUUUUGUUGGAAGAAGAAUUUGGAAACUAUCUUGAAGCUGCGGACAUUGCGAAGCUGAAAGGCGAUAUUCUACUCGAAGCUGGUUUCCUUGGAAAGGCAGGCAAGUUCAGAGAAGCAUCGUUACACAUUCUAUUCUAUGUGCUUGCAAACUCUCUUUGGUCACAUGGCAGAAAGGGCUGGCCCAUACAACAGUUUUCACAAAAGGAGGAGCUUUUAUCAAAAGCCAAGUCAUUUGCUAAGAAUGAAACAGAAAGCUUUUAUGAGCUUGUUUGCACUGAGGUUGACAUAUUGUUAAAUGAGCAGAGUAACUUGGCCUUGAUAAAAAAUUAUAUGAAUGUUUGUCAGAGGCAUAAGAGUACUAGAGGUGAAUUAUUAUCUGCUCGAAAAAUAUUGGAUGCUCAUAUUUCUUCAAGCGCCAAUAAGUAUGUGUGGGAAAAGGAUUUGGUUGAUGGGGAUCUGAUAAUGUGUUCAGAAGGAAGAAUAUCUGAAAAUCAGGUAUCUAUAGAUUCACUGAUAUAUUUCUGGAUUUUUUGGAAGGAUAAAAUUGCUUUCAUAACUGAAUAUCUUGGAUGCCUUGAAAACCAAGAUGCUAAUGAUUACAGAAGGUACGGAGAGCUUUGUUUGGAUUACUUAGGAGUGUGGAGGUUGUAUCAUAAUCUUACUCCAGUCUAUGUCUUACUCAUAUCUGAUGCUGAUUGGGUUCGAGGUCUGGACAAAAGACAUUUUAGAAAUCAUGGGAAGUUGGUCUCCAUUAGCGUUCACCAGCUUGUCUCAGCUGCUCGUAGUUAUUGGAGUUCAGAAAUGCUCUCUGUUGGCAUGAAAGUUUUGGAGAAGCUUGAAAAUCUUUGCAAGUUUCCAAUAAAAAAUGCUGAUGAUGCAGUGUUCUGCCAAAGCAGGUGUCUUACCCAUAUUUGUGAGAUCUCAGAAUAUCUUUUGCAAUCAAAAUGUUUGAAGCUAAGGAAUCAAGAUACCGAGAGAUUGCAGAGAUGUGUAAAGUCUUCUACUGAUACUGUUGUUGCGAAUAUAUUUCCUUUGGAUUGGAGGAAUUCAUUGAGGGAGAACAUGAUUGCUCUUAGAAGAACUGAUGCUUUAAAGAAUGUGCUGAAACAAGUAAUAGUUGAGUACACCAGCUCAAAGAAGGUGCUGUCUUUUGGGCAGAUUGGACGGCUUGCAAUGGUUAUUCUCGGGUCCGGUAAGCUGAAUAAUAGUGAACUAUACGAGAAGCUUGUGGUAAAACUGGACUGCCACCAGCCAUGGAAGGCUUUCAUUGAGAAUCUAUGUGGGAAUAUUGGCCCUGGAAACACCAGUGAAGAACCGAGAGAGGUGUCUGUAAUGUUGAAGUUGUAUGGAGCUUUAGUUGAUACUUAUAAUGCGAACUGGAGGGUGGUUCGUGAUUACAUAUCGCCUGGUUGCUUUUUGUACCUUGUAGAGCGCCUUCUGAUUUGGGCAACUUGCUUUCAGGGUUAUGCUAUCACUACAAGUUCUUGCUUUGUUGAGUGGCUCAUAUACCAAGAGGAAGAUACCAACUUAAGUUCCAUAGUUGGUGGUGAUGUGCAACAAUCUUUAAUUGACAUCCUUGAUUUUGUGAUUUAUGUGGUUCAGGGGUGUCUUUUUAAUAAGGCGGAUAUGGUUGAAUGGAUUAAAAAGACCGACGCAAAUUGGAAGAACAAUUAUUCUCAACUCAUGUUGAGAUUUGUUGUCGUGUUAUGCUUGGUUUAUUUAAAUUUUGGCAUGGGUCUAGAUGAACUCUAUGAUUUGCUGGGAAGGGACUAUAUCAUUGAGCAGCUGCCAUGGGAAUUUUUUGACGCCCUUAAGAGUGGGAGGAGACACAAAUCUCUUAAUAUAAAUACGAGGCUGCUAGCUGCAGCUUUUCAGAAGAUUGGUAAUACUUUGGUAAUUGCAAGUUUCGGGUCCGAUUGUUCAAGGUUCUUAUGUUCAGAUGUCAUCUUUGUUGACAUGAAGGCCAACCAUUCCAGGGAUUACAUACUGAGAAAAUUGUUUCCUAAACGGCCACCUGUCCUACAAGUUUCCCAAGCUACAUCUGUUGAAGCAGGAGGUAAUAAUUCUUGCAGUCGUGUGCUUCAUGCAACCAAUUCCAAUUAUGAGGAAGGGAAGAGUUCUAAGAUCCUGCCAUCCAACUCUGGUGUGGUGGAACCUUUUGAGACUGGUGCUGUAUCUGAUAAGACGAGUGAUGAUUGCGCCGGGGGCAGAGACAGCCACAAUACAGAUGAGGAAAGUUGCAUAUCCAAAGAGUCAAAUCCAAAGUCUAAGCAAGCAGAUGCUGUGGCUUCUGGCAGUAAUGAAACUGGAAACAAGGGGAAGAAAAAGGGCAAGAACAAGAAACCCAAGAAGAAAGGAGGCAAAAAGUAGCCAUCACAUGCUAAUAUAUUAUAAUAUAUAUUUGCUACGUGAAUGAAUCUUUUUAUGUAAGAAAUUGAUGGUUUUUAUGAUGCAUAUAAUAAUAAUACAUCAGACAAAUUAUCUUGUCUUCUGUAUGAACUUGAUGUUGUGAUGUCAUGUUAGUGAUGAUUCCUGGAUGAUGCAUGGGCUUAAAGCGGAGCUAGGUACGAUUUAAGAAGUAAAAUGAUUGAAGUGAAAGAUUUUGAUUUGAAUCUGUCUCAAUUUGUAUAACAUUAGACGUUUGUUUCUGAGAGAUAAUCUCAACUGUAAUUUAUUUAUUUAUUUUUA